GGAGGGUUGGCAGCCAUGCGGCUACAGUUUCACCUCCCGCAGGUGUUGUGAAGAAGCACCUGAACACUCUCCUGGACCCUUAUUACACCACUCUACGGGUUCUCACAGUCAUGAGAGUGGAGUGCCUGGUGGAGGAGGCCAGGUGAGCAUGUUCUCCCAGCGCAUUGUGACGGUUGACCAUUAUCUGGCAGCCCCAGUUCCUGGCCUCGACCCUCAGUACUCCACCUUCCGCGGGGCCCCCAUUAAAUGGGUGCCUGUCCUCCGCAUCUUUGGGGCCACUGCAGCAGGACAGAAGGCGUGCACUCACAUCCAUGGAGUCUUCCCCUACAUUUUGGUGCCUUAUGAUGGCUCGGCCCCACUGGCCACCCUGCCGUACACACUGGCCACCUCCCUUGACCGAGCCCUCAACACUGCCCUGGGUCAUGCCUCGGCCAACACUCAGCACGUCUACAAGGUCACUCCUGUGUCUGGGAUCCCCUUCUAUGGAUACCACUCCAAGGAGCAUCAGUUCCUCAAAAUCUUCUUCUACAGCCCCAACAUUGUGAAGAAGGCUGCUGAACUUCUACAGAACGGGGUGGUGCAGGGGCGAGUGUUCCAACCCCACGAGGCACAUGUCCCCUUCGUGCUGCAGUUCCUGAUGGACCACAACCUGCAUGGCAUGAACAUGAUCCACCUCCAGUCCUGCAGGUUCAGGCAACUCCCUGGCAUGGAGGAAAGAGGAAGCAGCCCUACACAAGCCCCCGCCCCACUGCCUCUAUCCCCACCAAGCCAGGAUGGAGUGUCAGGGAGGAGUGGGUCUGGUAUGGGGACGGGGAUGUCUCAGCGCCCUAGCACCAAGGUGUGGACAAAGGAGUCAGUGCCGGCCAACCUGUGGCUGCCGGAGACGGUGGUGCGGGUGUCGUCCUGUGAGGUGGAGGUGGACUGCAUCUUCUCCGACAUCCUCAACCGCCUGCAGAUUGGAGGAGGCAUGGCAACCAACCCAGGGCUUUCCUAUAUCUGGGAGGAUGAGGCUGAGAGGCAGAGGGCACAGGGAGGCUCCUUAGAGGAUCUGCAGCCACCCCCGUCCCCUCCCCGGCCUGAUGUCACCCCCUCGGACUCUGAGGUGUUCUACCGGGCGCUGCUAAAGGAGAAGCUGCAGGCAGCGGUGGCAGCAAUGGGUCAGACCCAAGAGUCCAGCGGUGAGGGAGAGGCAGCCAGCCUUAACCUGCCGGCCCUCACCCCGGAUGACACAGUCCUUGCCCCGGCCACAGCUCCCGACACAGCAAGCCAAGCGGACGUCACCACUACACAGGAUGAGACUAUGGUGGAAGCAGCAGCAGCAGCAAUGGCUGCAGCAGCAGAGGAGUCUCAAGUGGAUGAGGAAUUAAUUCUCAGCCUGACUCAGCAGUCACAGUCUCAGUGGUUGAAUGAGAGUGAUGUGGACCUGGUGACUGCCUUGGCCGGGCUGGAUGAUGGGUCACAGGCGGUGGCACUCGAGGACCAUGAUGCCAUCCUGUCCACUCAGCCACCCAGCCAUGGUUCAGUAAGGGGCAGCCAGGGCCAGGGCCAGCACCAGAGCCUUGGGGAAGCAAAGGAAGAGGAGGAAGAGGAAGAAGAAACUCACCAUAUGACCCAGCAGAUCUGGGACUCCAUUCUGAUGCCCCAAGAGGAAGAGGAAACAAAAGAAGGUCAAGGGAACUCCUCCAGAUCAAGGGUGGAGGAUGGCCAGGCUUCCCUACUGCCUCCUGCCCCUCCAUCCCCUCUCCCCCAGCUGGAUGGGGCAACUGAUUCACUCCGACACUCCCCUUCUCCUUCAUCCCCUUCCCCCAGAGAUAACCUCGUGCCUUCCACCAGUGCCCACACCCCUGCACCCCCCCUGAACCAAGCUCAACACUCAGGGCUGCCAUGCCAACACCCCAGGCCGGACAGGAGGGCUGCCUCCAGUAGCCCUGUAGGCACCAGUGAUAGUGACAGUGAAGGGGAGCCAUUCAUUAUCCCCCAGUUUGACGGUGCCAAUGACUUUGUGUCUCACCGAGGACGCAAGCAGCACCAGAGCACCUCGGCAUCCCAUCACAACCGCCCCGUCACCGCCUCCACGCGUAAUCUUGUCCGGGAGAAUGCCCUGAAAAGGAGCCGGGGUGGGACUAGCUAUUCUGCCCCAUCCCACAGGCUCCCCCAGCCCCCGAAUGUGCCUUCCUCCCAGCCAGUGCCUUCACCCUUUGGUCCCAGCCAGCCCACCACCUUGGUCAACCCAGAUGGUACUCUGGACCUGCCAGACUUUAUGGAUAUUUCCUCCCGCAUGGCUGUAGGGGAGGUGCAGGCCUCCAGUAUUGUGCCCCAACCCCAGGCUCGGGGCAAGUCUUCCAGGCGGGAUUUUCUCUCAUCCCAGGACGUGCAGCAACCCCCAUCCCAUCUCAACAUCACCCCACUGUCAGGCAUGAGCAUGUCCCAGCGUGUGCCGGGCAUUGGGGAUGCCGUGGUGGUGCCUGCGCUGGUCACCACAGGCCGGGUCAGCUUCAGCUCCCCCCAGGUGCUCAUGCCCCAACGCUAUGUUGUGCAGCAGCCCGGCACAACCCCAGACCAGGAGGCAGGCCUCGACACCACACAGUCCAGCAGUCAGGGACACAAGCAGGGCCGCAGGGCUGCUGCAGCAGAGGGUCAUCGGGGCAGCCCGGCCCUCAGGACUCUUGUCCGGCAGGAUUCUGAACAGUCGGCCUAUUCGCCCAUCUCAGAAGAGUCUGAUGGGGAAGGGUCGGGCAGGGGCAGGCGGGGGCGUGGGGUGGCGGAGGGAAGAGCAGCGGAGAGCCCGGCUGCCCCGGAGAAUGAAGACAUCCUGAAGCAGGCCUUUGACAUGACCCUGUUUGAUCUGAAGCCCAUGGAUGUGGAGACACCAGAGUUUGCCCUGGUGCCUCCAGGGUACCCAUCGGACGACUGUCCCCCGCCCACUGAGGACAUGCUGACCCAGGGCUCGUAUCUGUACCACACUGAGGAUGACACCACCACCACCUCUGUCCAGACUCCAGGUGGCGAGGGGGGCCACCUGGAGGUUCCCCACGCCCCACCCACCCCCUCACCGCCUCCAACUCAGCCCAGGAAGGAACCUCCACCCUCAAAUUUAAAAAACAAAAAGAAGAAACAGAAGUCUGCUCGGGAGAGGAACAGCACAAUGGAAGGCCACUGUAGCCAAGCAUCUGCUGCCAGGAUGGAGUCUGCCGGCGACCCCUCACCCUCACCAACAAAUUUUGCCCAGCCAGUGCCAAUGUUAGUGCCUAGUUGUGAGGUCUCCCCCACACCCAUCAGUCCAGCAGAUGCUUCCAGCCAUCCUGGAUCUCCUACCCCAGUGUCACCCACUGCCCCUAGCAGGGUGUCCCCGAUCAAUGGUACAGAUGCUCCCUAUCUUGAGGAGCUGGACUACACUGCUGCGCCCCACACUCCUGGCAGCUUCUUGCCAAUGAAUCAGCCCUCACCCAGCCCUCCACCCUCACGCUGGUACGAGGAGAUGGAGUGUCCGCCCACACCAGGCAGUCCCCCCAAGAAGGCUACAACCCCCUCUAAGAAAAAAGAGCCCAAAGGCAGACCAACUGAACAAGAACUGGCCAAGCCUCAGCCACCACCAGAGGCAAGCCCCAAGUCCCUUGAUGCCAAAGCUAAAAGGAAGUCCAAAAAGAAGAUGACCAGAUUGUUUGGAUCCUUUUCUCCUCCCUCUCCCCCUCCCCAGAGAAAACCUUCAGAACUUAACUUUGAUUCAGACAGUGAGAAUGGCACCCCAGACCGGCCCCAGACCCCAGGUCGGGAGGUGGGGGAGCAGGUCUUUGCCAGCUCUCCCCAGGACCUGUUUCGGGGUGGCCAGAGAAAACUGGAAGAUGACUUCACAUUUUAUCUUGACCUGGACAGUCCUCCUGAGAGGCCCGUCACUCCCGGAGGUGGGCGGGAGGUUCAGGACAUCCUUGGAGGGGAGCCAGGCCAGGAUGCCUCAAGACAACCUUACCAUCAAUUUGAGUCGGUGUUUGACACUGACUUCCAGCCAUUUGCUGCCAGGGACCGCCCCAGAACGCCAGGUGGCUCUGCGUCCCCACGGCCUGGCUUGCCCCUUUCAGAUUUCUCUACUGGACCCCCAUUGAUGCUGCAGCCUCCCUACACACAGGAGGGUCAAGAUCCACCACCGAAUGAGGCUGUGUGGGGUGCCUCAAGGAUUUCUGCACCCACUGUGGCACAAGAGGUCAGCAAAAAGACCUCUGAGGUGUCAGUAGGGGCCCGUGGUCGAGGACGGGAGGCCAAGGGGACAACCCACCAGCGGGAAGGAAGGAAGUCCUCCAGUGGCAACAGUAGCAGCAGCAGUAGUAGUAGGAGUAGCAGAAGCAGCAGUAGUAGCAGUAGCAGCAGUAGUAGCAGCAGUAGCAGUAGUAGCAGUAGUAGUAGCAGCAGCAGUAGCAGUAGCAGCAGCAGCAAAAGUAGCAGUAAUACUAAGAAAAAGAAUUCUGUUGAAAGUGGGGAGAAGCAAAGGCAGACACAGGUAUCAAGUGUUGGUGCUACAGAUGUGAACUCCAGACAGUCUCAGGCAAAGAAGGAGGCAAGAAGCAGUGCUCAGGGGGCACCUCUUGAGGGAAAAACAGUACAAAAGGAGAAGAUGAAAACUGGGGAAAGGAAGAAACAGGAUUACAGAAAGCCUGAGAGACUUCCUCCCUCCACACAGACAUUUGCAACCCCACAGAAGCCAAAGCCUCAGACCCAGCGGCACCAGCCGUCCCAAGAGCCGGAGAGAAAUGAUCCAGCUGGCAGUGGUGUGGUGCCUGGGCCAAAGUCACACCACACCACUGGACCUGCUGGUAAUCAAGCUUGGAGCCCUGCUGUUAGGGAGCCCCAAGGGAAGAGACCUCAGCAAGGGGCCACACUAACACCAUCCUCCAAACAGGCUCCUCCAGAUGGUCCACAGAGACACAGAGGCCAGCCGCCCCCACAACUCUCACGGCCAGAGGGUCGAGGGGACGGGGCUCGUUCAGUCGGUCAGUCAAGGGGACAUGUGGAAACCUUUGUCAAAGGUGGAAAGCCACCAGAGGCACAUCCUCAGUCUCUUGCAAAAACACACACAGGUGCCAGGGCUCCUCACCAGGGGACCAAAGUCACACCUGACUUUCAGCUCCAGCCUCCACCUCGAGGUAAGGCCUCCUCCUCCUCCCCUAGGCCAUCCUCAGCCAGUGGUGCAUCGCCUGAAGUACCUGGUCGCCAGCAGCCCCGGGGACACACUCAGCCCAAGCAUGGUGGCACUGCAUCACAACCUCAGCCUCCUGCCACCCACCCAUCCCGUCCCCAACAACCUGGCUUCACACAGAGUAACUGGUCUGUGGUAUCACACAGCAAUACUGCACCACAGCAGAACCAGAGUGGCCAGGGGGGAACGCGCCAUCCCCACCCAACCCAUGGGAGCCGAGGCCCACAUCCCCACCCUGGCCAGGACCACAGGACUGCACCUCAUGGAGCACAAGGAGGCAGACCUGCACAGCCUCCCAGCUACCCUCACCCACCCUCUCAAUCACUUGUACAAGGCAAGGCAUCUGCUAGAAGUGCCUUGCAUCAAGCACAGGCUAGCAGAUCCACAAGGCCUGGAGGUAAUUUUUCAGGCAACCCUUCCCAACAGAAACCUGGCCCAGACCGGCCGCAACCAGGCAGUCUUCACAGGCAACCAGAGGAGCAGCAACGAAAGAUUCUACCUCAUCACCAACAGCAGCACAGUCAGCACCGACAACAGCAGCAACAACAGCAGCAACAAAGACAUCAGCAACAACAACAAAAACAACAUCAGCAGCAACAGCAACAACAGCAUCUGCAACAACAAAAACAACACCAACAGCAGCAGCAGCAACAACAUCAACAACAACAACAGCAACAGCAACAGCAGCAGCAGCAGCAGCAGCAGCAGCAGCAGCAGCAGCAGCAGCAGCAGCAACACAGGUCCCAGAAUACACAGCCACCCAACCAGAAAUUCAGAGGCCUCAAGUCCAUUCCUUCUUUGUCGAGCAGCUUUUGCAAGGGCAAGAGUGAGGCAGGUCAGGGGCCUGGCCAGAGGACCAAAGAUGGCCAGUCAGCCCACAGCUAUGAUGAUGACCUGGACCUACCCCUCAUGGGUGGAUCCUUGCCCCUCAUGAGCCCCAUGCCCUGCACCCCCGCUGCCCACCGAGAAGACCACGCCGCCUCCACCACCGAACCCCUCACCUCCAUUCCAAGGAUGGACCAGGUGCAUCCUCCCAUGAGCCCCAUGGCCCCCACCCCUCACCACCGGCCCCACACACCUCCAGAACCCCUGGUUGCCACCCCAUCUAGUGGUGGGUCAUUUGUGCUUCCAGCAAUCCCUAGGCCUGUGAUGAGCCCCAUCCCACCCACCCCAUCUCGCCCCUCUUCUCCACCACCAUACAGCCCCAUGCCAGUGUUGCCAUCCAGCAUGGGGCCAGCCAUCAGCCCCCUGCCCCACACCCCAAGACCCUCGGUGACAGAGACCUUCAGCCUGCUCAGCCCCAUGCCCGCCACGCCCCAGGCUGACGACCACCACCACCACCCCCUUGGCAACCUGCACGAGGCAGAGGAGUUCCUGGUGCGUCCCAUCAUGAGUCCCAUGCCACAAACCCCGGCACACCCCUCCCAGGCCCCGCCACACACACAGCCCUCCAGCACCAAGAGAAGCAUACAACCGCCAGCCAGGGACAUGGCCAAGAGUCCUGUGCCUCCCAUGGCAGAAUCCUCAGACUUUCCUCACCACCCCAUGAUGAGCCCCAUGCCAGUGCACCCCUCAGUAGGCCCCAUGGUAAGCCCCCUGCCCAACACCCCAAGAUAUCCCGGCAGCAGUCCCUUCCCAUCGCUGCCCUCUGGUCCUGGCCCUCUUAUCAGCCCACUGCCCCAGACCCCCUCGUACCUCUCCAGUGCUCCUGACCACCAGUCCCCACUAUAUAUGCCCUUCACCCCCAACCUGCACACUCCUCAGACCCCAACCCACAUCCCUGAGACUCAACCACCAUCUCAAGCUCCAGCUUCAUCCCCCACCACCUCUGCCUCCUGCUCUUCCGCUUUCCCACCACAGACCACUGCUUCAUUCACACCUUUGCCCACUCCUCUCACCCCCAUCCAGACACCUAUACAGAAUCCCUUCACUCCACUACAGCCUCCCCUCACCCCUCUCCAACCCCCUCUGACACCUCUGCAGACCCCUCUCACCCCACAACAGCCAUCAUUCACUCCACUGCCACCUCCCCUCACCCCAUUGCAGCCCUCCACCACCCCUAGACCUGAGGCACCACCUCCUUUAGGAUGUCAGGUGUCGGAGGAGGGUGGUUGUGGCAUGCAGUACAGUCCCAUGCCUGUCUUACCCUCUGCGCCAAGUCCUGCCUUGAGUCCAAUGCCCCAGACCCCUGUUCAUGCACCUGAGAGGGCUCUUCCCACUCCUCCACUCACAGGCACCACUCAAGGUCCCUCCUCUCUCUUCAGCAUUGCAUCGCCUUCCCCCCUGAAUGAAAAAGACCAAAAGUCACUUCAAAGUCCCCAGUCUGUCGGUGGAGCCUCCUCAGGGCCCCAGGCAAGCCCAAGGAUGAUUCCCUCUGCUACUCCACCCCAGCCAAGCCCUCUGUCUCAGGCCCUCAUGUCUGCAGCUGUCACCCCAAACCACCCUAGUCCCAUGGCACAACCCCAAAUGUCUGUGUCUGCAACUCCACCCCAUCCCAGCCCCCUCUCUCAAGCCCUCAUGUCUGCUUCCAGCACCCCAUCACACGCCAGCCCAAUGUCACAAACACAGAUACCAGCAGCCGUCACACCGCCACACCCCAGUCCCAGGUCACAACCCGUACUGCCAGCUGCUGCCACACCACCACAGCCCAGUCCUCUGCCUCAGUCCAUAAUAUCCGUCUCUGCUAUUUCAUCUCAACCCAGUCCUCUUUCUCAAGCCCUCAUGUCUGCCUCUGCUACACCACCACACCCAAGUCCUCUGUCACAAACCCUAUUGCCUCCUGCUGCCACUCCACCUCAACCCAGUCCCCUGCCACAAACAUCAGGGCCACCUUCUUCCACUCCACCUCACCCUAGCCCCCUGCCACAGCCCGUCAUGCCCUCUGCCACCACUCCAUCCCAACCCAGUCCUUUGUCGCAAGCUGUACUGUCAGUUGCAGCCACUCCACCUCAACCCAGUCCAUUAUCACAAGCUCUGAUGUCAGCUGCUGCCACUCCUCCUCAACCCAGCCCCAUGUCACAAACACUUGUAUCAACAGCUGACACUGCACCUCAAGAUAGCCCCAUGUCACAUGCUCUGGCAUCAAUAGAACCUUCUAGCAGCCCCCUGUCACAAGCCCUAUUGUCCACUGUAUCUAGCACACCCCAACCCAGCCCCUUGUCACAAGCUUUGAUAUCUGCUGAUGCUUCCCACCUCAGCCCUGUGGUGUCUCAGGGGUCUGCUGUCACUCUCACCAGCCCCAUCAUGCCAUACUCAAGUGAGAACACUGUAGGAGAACCUUACCUACUGCAGCCUGUGCCUUCCUGUGUUGGCCAGACCACAGCCUCCUCCUCCACUCCCCUAACCACCCAUACCAUGUCCCUAGCUACCCUCACAACCCUCACCACUUCUACACCCAUCUUCACUACCCUCACAGCCACCCUCACCACUUCAGCACCAACGUUCACUUCAGCACCUGUCUUCACCACCCUUGGCUCCACCCUCACCACUUCUGCACCUCUCUUCACUACUCUUUCAACCACCCUCACCACUUCAACUCCUAUCUUCACCACCCUCACCUCUUCUGCACCUGUCUUCACCACUCUUGCAGCUGUCACCACUUCAUUGCCCAUCUUCACUCUUCCAGCCACCAUCACCACAUCGGCACCCACCUUCACCACCCAGCCAACCACCCUCAUCACUCUGACUGUCCCAACAAGCACACUAACCACCCAGGCAGCCAUGGUCGCCCCCUUUACUGGCCUGGGAACUACCCCUGCCCCCCUUGCCACUCUGGGGACUCCUUCCACCACCUUUGGAGGAGUAAGUGUGACCACAAGUGUUCCUGCACCAAGGCUAACCACCAUUGGUCUUUUGCCUGGGGCUCCAUCCCAAGUGGCUUGGCCUCAGACCAGUCCUGUCACACUUGCUUCAAGUCUGCGCCCACUCACCAGUACAAAUUUUGUCCAGUCAAAUAGCAGCUGUUCCAUAACUAGUGCCUCAAGCGAAGGUGCUUCCCAGGCUGCCAGUAUUUUGAAGGCCACCCUACUUUCUGGACCACAACCAGGACCCUCUCAGAACCAGGUCAGUGGACCGUCCACACAGCCUCAAGCUGCCACACCCCUUUUUAUUACUCAGCCUGGGGCUGCUCCCUUCCCAUCAUCUGCAGGCCAGCAGCCCAUGACUCUUCCCCAGGUCAUCUUGAUGCCCCAGAUUCAAGGUCCUAUCCAGAUCAGCCUUCCUCAAGGGGUUCCUGGUGCUGCUAUGAGAAUGCCAGCACCAAUCCUAAGAACCCCUGCCCCUACACCUCUUCCAUCCACCUUGACAGCCAGUAAUACAGCACCACCCACCCAGGCUGACAUGAGCAUGGGUAGCCAAAAUAGUCAGUUUGUCAUCCCCAUUUCUGCUCCAAGCACUGUCCCAGCCACCAACACAGGAAUAGUGAGGUUGGUGAGUCCAGCCUUUCCAUCCGCAGUGAUGGGUUCAAGUGAAGGCACAGUCAGGGUGGACAAACCCACCAAGAUAUUAGCUGAUAUUAUGGAGGAGCUGAGCAAUCCAGAUUUUUGUAUGCCUUUGGAGCAGCAGGGAGGCAAGGCAAUGAAGGAAGCAGAACAGUCUGGAGGCAGCAGUGCUCCGCAGGACAGCCUCCAGCGGUCUGGUCUAGAGAAGAACUCAACAAGCAACAGCAGUCUGCCACCAGUGCUGAUGGCGCUUGAGGCCAUGUUUGAAAAGGAAAUGCAAGAGAAUGACCAGAGUGAACACCAGGGUGAAGAUACUAGAGCAGAACAUUCUUCAAAGGCUCCUGAAAGUCCUCAUGAUGCAGCAAGCAUCCCACCCACCACUGCCUUGCAGAGUCUGCUUACAGAUGGUGUGAGUCCAAGACCCAGUUCUAGGCAACCUAUGCUCAGCCCAGCAGGUGCCAGCCAGCCACAUGCUCUGAGUAAAGAGCUGUUCACAAGAAUGCAAGCACCUUUGUCUACUACACCAGAAAGCAGUGGCAGCUGCAGUGCCCCUCCAAACACAACACUUGCCAACAACACUGUGCCUGCAACCACAUCAAGAUUCCCCAGUCCUAUGUCUGUGAGAGGCUCCACUCCACAGGGUGCUUCAUUUCCAGGGGCAGGUGUGGCAGCCAGACCCUGGAGUCAGCCUGCAAGCAUGCCAGGAGACAUUAUGAUCACUUCUGUCUCCCUGGGAGGCAUACAGCCACCCUUAAUUAGUCCACAGAGGAGUGUGAGGUCCAGUCUCCUAAGGCCCCCCUCUAGUGUGACCACCACCUUACCCAUCUCCACCUCUUUCUUCACACACCCCUCCCCUGUCAUAUCCCCUUCUGCCUCUGCUAGCCCCCACCUACUACUCACUUCCACCACCACCACCACUACCUCCACCACCAUCAACACCACCACAUCUUACAUGUCACAGACCACCACAUUCAUGACACAAGUGUCUUCUGCCCUCUCUCCCACCACCACCACCACCACCACCACCACCUUCAGCUGCCUCUCCUCUCCCACCACGACUGUCACCUCAUUCCUGCCUCACCCCUCUCCCUCUGUCACACUUGCUGUUUCCACCUCAACCUUCCUGCCUCACCCUUCUCCUUCCAUCAUCCCUGUCACUUCUUUAUCAACCUUCCUACGUCAACCCUCUCCUUCCAUCACUCCUGUCACUUCUACCUCAACUUUCUUGCAUCACCCUCCUCCUACCAUCACCCCUGUCACUUCAACCUCACCUUACAUGCCUCACCCCACUCCUUCCAUCACUCCUGUCACUUCAACCUCACCAUACAUGCCUCACCCCACUCCUUCCAUCACCCCUGUCACUUCAACCUCACCAUACAUGCCUCACCCCACUCCUUCCAUCACCCCUGUCACUUCAACUUCACCUUACAUGCCUCACCCAACUCCUUCCAUCACCCCUGUCACUUCAACUUCACCUUACAUGCCUCACCCCACUCCUUCCAUCACCCCUGUCACUUCAACUUCACCUUACAUGCCUCACCCCACUCCUUCCAUCACCCCUGUCACUUCAACUUCACCUUACAUGCCUCACCCCACUCCUUCCAUCACCCCUGUCACUUCAACUUCACCUUACAUGCCUCACCCUCCUCCUUCCAUCACCCCUGUCACUUCAACUUCACUUUACAUGUCUCACCCCACUCCUUCCAUUACCCCUGUUACCUCUGCCUCACCAUACAUACCACAUCUUCCUCCUUCCAUCACCCCUGUCACUUCAUCCUUGCCAUACAUGCCUCACCCCCCUCCUUCCAUCACCCCUAUCACCUCUGCCUCACCAUACAUGUCUCACCCACUUCCUUCCAUCAUCCCUGUCACCUCUGCCUCACCAUACAUGCCUCACCCCCCUCCUUCCAUCACCCCUGUCACCUCUGCCUCACCAUACAUGUCUUCCACAGCAUUUGUUUCUCACACCUCCCCUUCUGUCAGUCUUGCCACCCCCACAACAAGCUACAUGUCUCGUUCCUCUUCCUCCACCUCUGGUACUGCUGCAUCAGCUCACAUACCUCACUCUUCCCUUGCAACAAUUUUGUCCACUCCUAUUUCUUUUUAUACCCCCCCCAGUACUGACACCAGCACCUCUGCAACUGUAUCUUAUCCAUCCCAAGGUGUGACUACUACUACUACUACUACUACUAUUACUACUACUACUACUACUACUACUACUACUACUCCCGCUGCCCUUCCUGUAUCCCAAGCUUCCACCCUUGCCACUACAACUACCUCUGCCAUCCUUGCUCCUUUUGUGUCCCAAGGUGCCACAACAGGUCCCCCAGCAAUGCGUGACUCAAGUAUUGCUAAGAUUACAACCCCUGUCACCACUGCCUCUCUAAACUCCUUGCCAUACAUGCCUCAUAUUACCUCUACUGUUACCUCCAUCUCCUUACACUUGCCCUAUGCCUCUCCAUCAGUGAGUCUUGGCUCCUCCAGUGUGCCUCAAGUACUCAGCUUUACACCAAAAGUCUCAGACAUACCACACACUGCCUCCACUGUCACCCCUUCCAGCACAACCAUCACCACAUACACCCCUCACACGACCACUGCCCCAGUAGUCACAUCACACCUGUCCCAGAGUUGCCCUCCCCCUACUUCAGCAUCAGUUCCUCACUCCGUCUCUGCGGGGUGGUUGAGGGACAUGAGGUUUGCGGGAGGAAACAUCACAAGGGUGCCACUUUCAGUCUCUGGAUGUGUGAUUGGAACAUCCCUCAGCACCACUGCAUCCACAACACACACCACAUCUGUCUUGUCAACCACAGCAACACUUCCACAAGACUCCUCUCCAGCUGUUGUCUCCGGCCAGCCUCGCCUCACCCUGCCACGGAACAUGCCUUCUGGAAUGGUGGUGUACAGGCGGCCACAGCUUGGGAUGGGCAGCUCCAUGGGUAGGCACGGGGGUCUUGUGAUGUCUGCCGGUGGGUGUGUAGAGGUGUCGCCACAUUCCCUCAGCUUCACACAUAUCACUCCAAGGAUGCCUGGGAAAGCAGGACCAUUGCCUCCCAGAAUGAUGGGCUUCAACACCCCAGCAGGCCUCCAGCAGCAGCUGUCAGCAAGGCUUCCUGCUGCUUCCCCAAACCAGCCCUCAAGUGACAAAUCAGGUGAAGACUAUACUGCUGAUGCUUCUGCUUCUCCAUCUUCCACCAUCACCAUAACAGUCACCACCACCACAACUACCACUACCACUGCCAUGACUACCACCACUACCACCACCACUACAAUAUCUGCCACUUCAACACUUUCUAACAGUGUGCCUCCUAAUAAUAGCAGUGUCCAGCAGGUUGUGGCUCCCUCUAAUGUUGGUGGUAGUAUUGCAAGUUCAUUCAAGCCCCAGGAACCAGACAAGGCAUCCCAUCAUCCCCAUAAAAUGUUCAAGCUCAAGAAGCACAUGCCACCUCCCAUCAGUCAGCCCAUCACUGCUGCAGCUGAUGACCCUGAAGGUCGGGCUGAGGCUGCCAGUCUCAAGCACCAGCCCAACAGGUUUGAAGCAUACAGCUCUACCAGCAGCUCUGGGAGGCUGAGCCCACGGCCAGGAGCUCUGGAGCACGCUGUCCCUCUCCAGGCCAGAGAGGGGCCUGCCCAGACUGUGGUGGUGCGGCAGCAGCGGCAGGUCACACCCGGCCCUGGACCCAGCCCUGUCUUGGACUAUGACACUCGCUCCGUGGACUCUUUGGGCUCCAUCGGUGUGGAGCUUCAGCAGCCAUUUUCCAGCCGACCUUCCUCCGAUGGUGAUUCAGAGUUGCGGCCAUUAGCCACACCCCUGGGCCACUUUAGGAGAAUCAGGGAGUCCCCUGCUAGCUUGAGGAGCCACGCUAGCUGGUCAGUAGAGAGCACUCCUGUUCCUGCUGUAAAGGUGCCCACAUCCUCACCUUAUCUGGAUGUCCAAACACAACAGACUUCCCCACUUUCACUAGUGAUCCAGAAGACAAGUGCCCCAGGCAUGUCUUGCGAUGUCCCGCAGGCUCCAGACCCAUCUCUCUUGGCACCUGCCAGGCAACAGCUCUUCCCCCAUUCUGCCCAGCCCCAGGAGGUCUCGUCUUGGGAUGAACGAGUGCGGCCUCUUAGGAAACGCUCCUUCAACAUCACUGCUGAUGAACCUCAGGAUACAGAUGCACCACAUGCAGGAUCUUCCACCCCUGCCCCCUGUCUGCGACCAACCGCCAGUCCUGUUACCAAACAGCCCUCACCAAGUCCUUCUCCAUCAGAGAGAGAGAUACAGGGUACUGGUCCACCUAAUGUACCUGGUCCACCCCCUGCCAUACAUAUGAUGCACUUGCCUCUUUACCCUGGCCUCAACCACCAGCAGGAGGUUCCUGCCCGGCCUGGGGAACAGUUGUACAAGGAACGGCCUUUCAUGAGGGAGUCAUUCCAUCCCCUGGCCAAGUCUGGGCCUCCUCCACUUCUUCCCCCUUCUGAUGUAGCACACACUCCUAGAAACUAUGGCUCACAGCCUAAUCUGAGAAGACUACCCCAGCAGAUGAAUCUGUUAUCACGCCUUAAUCAGUCUGAGGUGAGACAGUGGCCGGACAUGUCUGACCAAGUGCUGGGCCACAUGAGACCACACUUAUGGCCUCACCUUGUGCCAGAAAGGUUACCAUACGCACCUCUGUUAACUUACCACGACCAGCCUCACUUCUUCCCAAGGCCCCACCCACCUUCCGGGCCACUCAGGGCUGAGGGUGGGGCUGGCAAGGAGCUGGAGCAAGAACAACAGGCAAGCCAGCUAUCCCCUGACGACAGCCCCAUUAAUGUCGUAGAUGAAACUCCAGACCCAGUCUUUCCCCAGCAGGAGAUUAACAUUCCACCACUAACAGAAAACAUGUCAUCCAGCAAUCCAGGAUCCAGAAUGGUGUCUGGGCCUGGGGAUGGCUCUAAUCUGGAAGGUUUGGGAAAGUCUUUGCAGCACCAUGUGUCCUCCCAGGCCAGAGUUUUGGGGCCCCUCAAGACUUCUUUAGUGCCUCCUGGACCACUGUGUGGUGCCUCACCCCAUCAUCCUUCAGGACUUUCAGCAUCUUCAGCUGCUGCUUCACACCUGCCGAACACCACUUCCUCCUUUGCUGCUGGACAGAGUGCACCCCAGGAGGAAGAGAUGGACUUCCAGACAGCAGACAACACUGGCACACUGCUGGCGGGUGAUGGUGCACGUCCUGAGCAGGCAGGCAAGCUGGGCAAGUUCUUGAAAAGGUACAACAGAGAGUCGGUUGAUCAUUCCCGCGCUGACUUGAUGGGAGGAGAGGAGUCCCAGACUCCCUUCCCCCGAGAGGAGGCAGAUGGGAUUCCCAGACUUAGGGACAGCUGUCUGGAGGAAGGUCUCUCUGAAAGUCAGAUGUCUGUCCUGCACAAGAUGAAUCAAGAGGUAGGGAAUCAGUUUAGCCGAGGCUUCAAAAAGACUUUCAGCACCAAGUUUGGAGACAAGGAUGGCAGUGAGGUUGAGCAGGGUGCUUUCAGGGAGGCUGAGGUACAGUCUUGCCGAGGAGCUGAUGACCUCCCCUUCAAAGGAGUGCAGAUUCCAUAUGAUGCAGCAGACACAGCUCCAGCUAAUGAUAUGGAAGCAGACGUGCUCCCUUGCCAGGAGCUGGAAGGAAAUGGUGUGCCCUUGUGCACACAGCCUGUCAAGACACCCAAUCAGGAGGGAGAGGCAGCUAUGUCUACACAAAAUGAAGUGGUGUCAUGUAUGAAAACCCAAGCAGCCUCAUUUAGGAAUAGUGACGUGGCUUCAUGUAGAGAAUCUGAAGUGGCCUUGCAUAGCGCACCUGAUGUGGCUUUGAGUGGUGGUGGUAAAGUUUCACUGUGUGGGGAGACUGGAGGGUCUUCACUCUCACAGACUGAAGUGGCCUUAUGUGUACAGACUGAAGUAGCCUUAUCAACACAAACUGAAGUGACCUUACCUACACAGACUUCACAUAUAGAAGCUAAUGUGGCUUCACAGAUAAGGGCUGAAGUAGCCUCACAAAUAGAGACUGAGGUGGCCUCGCAAAUAGAGUCUGAAGUCACCUCACAGAUAGAGACUGAAGUUGCCUCACAAAUAGGGAGUGAAGUGGCUUCACAAAUAGAAAGGGUGGCAUCCCUAAUGGCUGGAGUAGGCACUGACAGUAGUGGGGAGGAUGCCUCAUGGAAUGAAGCUGGUAGCCAAGAUCCUGAAGCUGAGGAAGCAAAGGAAGCUCUCAUGGAGAAGGGUGGUCCAUCAGACCAUCUUGGGGAAACCCUUUCCAUUCUUAAGGGCAUGGAUGAUAGUCCCCAGGGUUUGCUGGGAGUGUUUGAAGAUGGAGAGGAAGGAGCACGAGACAGGAAGGGACUGGAGAGGCAGCUGUUAAGCUUGGGGUCCAGUCAGGUAUCAAGCCCCGCCCUUGACCUUCUAGCCUUCCAUGGGCCCCUCACACAGGAGGACAGUGAUGUGGAGUCCAUCAUCCCCAGCACACGUGCAUCUCAGAUCAUCGUGCGGCGGAGCAGCUCCUCCAGCCAGGCCAGCGAUACUUCCCAUUACUCUCCCCCACCUUUUGAUCCACCUCGAUCCCCUGGUUUUGACUCGUCAGAUGCUGAUGACACCCCAGCGUGCCUGACAGACAGUGCCAGUAGGCCAGCCAGAGAUGCCCCAUUCAAUCUUGCUACAGAUGCCUCCAAGACAACCACUCUUCCUUGCCAGUCUGCUGCCACUCCUAAAGGCAGCAGUCCUUUGGAAGCAGGAGCAAGUCUAUCCAACCCCUCCUCACCAAGGCAGCACUCUACAGUGAUCAUUCAGCAAGAGAACCUUAGGAGGCCAGAGUCCUGUCCUCUGUCUCCUUCAGUGGGUCCUAAGGUGCCAGAGUGGCAGGACACAGGACAGGACAGCCAGGUGGACAAGGAGAGGCAGCAGAGCCGCCCCAAGCUGCCUACCAAAGCUGCCCUCAAGGCCUUUACUGAGGACCUGCUGCCCCCACUCUCUUCCACACCUGACAGCAGCUCUGAGGUGACCUCCACCACUCCAGAUGUGACCCUCUCCUCUUAUCGAGGGAGAGGUGGGAGGGUGGGUCGAGGGGGCCGACCAUCUGGGAGGGCAAAGAUAACAUCACCAGGGAGGAAGCCUGGCCGUGGCCGUGGCCGAGGCAGGAAGAGCCAGAUAGUCAGAGAUGAUAUGUGGUUUGAGAAAGAUUCACCUAUUGUGUACACAAACACAACAAGUCUGGAUCCUGCUUCCCCUUUCCUCCCGCCCCCCGAGUCCCUGCCCUCCCGCAGGACCCGUCGUCCUGGCACUAAUGUUUCGUAUACCAAGUAUUUUGACACUGAAGGAUCUGCUCUUCCCCCUAAGAUCAUGCCCCCUCCAUCCCUUCUGCCUCCUGUGGUGGUACAGCAGCCUGUGAUGCCACAGCCCUUGGUCCCCGCACCCUUGACCACUGCUGCACCUCUGCUACCACCCAAAAGGCCAAGGGGCCGUCCCAGGAAGAUCACAGAAGCCCUGCCCGGAAGAGAUGUCUCCCAAAAGGCUCUGGUUAACUCUGCCAUGCCUGUCUCUCCACAACUCCCAAAGCGCCCCAGAGGUCGGCCUCCCAAGAAGGCACUGCAAGGCAUCCUGGAGCCGCUGCCAGUGGUGACGUCAUCGCAGCUCACUGUCAAGAUGAACAAUGACUCAAAAUUGAAACUCACCAUUCGGAGAAUGUCUGUAGGUAAAAGGAUGGCCAACAGCACUCCUCAAACACCUCAUAAGAAGAGAAAGAGGUCACCAAAGCCCACCACACCUCAGAAGGGAGAUUCCAUCAGCAGUAUGAGUGCCUCAGGCCAGGCUUCACCAGAACAGUGUGGUGGUCAGUCUCCUGCCUCUCAGGGCUCCCCUGACUCGCUUCCACUCCAUUGUGAUCCCCGUGAUCCCUUGGGUAUUGACCUGGAAGAGGAAGAGGAGGAAGCACUGCAUGCACGAGGCUCAAGGCUGAAAAGUAAUGUUUAUGAGUUUGAGGAAGAGUUUAGUGAGGAUGAGCAGUCCCUCAAGCGCCAGAACAAACGAUUCCGUGACAACAGCUCCCACACUUUUAAGCGUGCUCGGCAAAUUGUGCGCAAUGCAAUCAAGACGCCUGUCAGGGACCACAACUUCAGCUACCUAAGGACCCCUGGCCAGUCCACUCCCAGCUAUGCCACCAUGUAUACACCAGUGCACCGCAUCCACUACACAGGACCUGGCUCCACCCCAAGCCACGUUUCACAGGGUGACUUCAAAAUCCGGCUGAGGAAGAAGCCAUCUGACCAUCACAACCUUAUAGUCAAGAUAAAGAAAACUCAGGACUCAGUGGUGGCAACAGAACCACAGAAAGCACCAAGAGAGCACAGUGAGGCACAACAGCCUGAAACAGACCUGCCUCCAGUACAGUUAGUGCAUACUGAUCAUCCAGAGACACAGGCAGCAGGAACAAAGGUGGCACCUCCUGCUUUGCCUCCACAGGUGCUGGGUAAGGAGGCUAAUGUGGACAAGGCUCAAGACAACAGUGCCUCAUCCAAGACCAAAGAGGUUCUUCAGUGCAGUACCAGCAUUCAGUCUGAGAGGAGUAAGCCAGCCAUCCCUACACUCAUCAUCAAGAAGUCCAAACUUAGUGGCUUUUCUGCCUCACUAGAACCUGGUGAUCGGCCGCGACCAAAACGCACUGAGGAUGGCUUCCUAAUUCCCCUGGCUCCUGUAUCUGGCCCCUCCCCUGCCCAUACGUCCUCCCAGACUCCUUCCGAUAGCCGACCUAACACCCCUCCUCCUCCUCCCUCAGCCUCUUCUGCUUCAUCUUCAGUCUCAUCCUCAGCCCCACCAUUGAUCACAGCCCCACCAUCAGUCCCAGCCCCUGUAUCAGCCACAUCUCUCUCAGUUUCAGCCCCAACCCCAGCCCCAACCCAAUCCUCAGUCCCAGUCCCAGCCCCAGCCCCAGCCCCAUCCCCAGUCCCAGCCCCAGCCCCAGCCCCAGUCCCAGGCCUAGCUCCAACCCCAAGUCCAGCCUCAGCUUCAACCCCAAGCCCAGCCCUAGCCCUAGCCCCAGCCCCAGCCCCAGCCCCAGCCCCAGCCCCAGCCCACAUUACUUUAAGGCUGAAACGUUCCAAUCUACAGUGGCAACAGGAACCCACCAAGCUUAGUCAGACCUCCAGCAGUAGUAAGACCAUCGCCACCACCACCAUCACUACCACUACGCCUGCUACUACUACUACUACUAGUCCUACUACUACUACUACUCCUCUUACUACUACUACUACUACUAGUACUACUUCUACUGCUGCUAAUACUACUGCUUCCACCACUUCUUGUUCCAUCACAACCACCACCACUACAUCUACUAUCACCACUAUUGCUACUUCUGCUACCACCACCACCACCACUGCUGCUGCUACUGAAGAGAGCAGUCUUACAUCUGAGCGACUAGUUGCUAAGAUACAAACUCCACUGAAGAUCAAGAUCAUGAACCCGUCCCAGGAGCCAAGCCAAUUGGAACCUGACUCUUCAGCUCCUAGUCAGGCUUCACCCUCCACACUCCAGCAACCUCCCACCACCUCCAACCCACCACCUGCUUCCUCCUCAACCUCAUCCCUAUCCCCAUCCUCAUCUUCAUCCUCAUCCUCCUCCAAGCCUGUUCAAGCUCCUACUUCUUCCUCUUCCCCAUCUGUGCCUAGCUCUACCCCACAACCUGUGCAGACACCUUCCUCCUCAUUAAAGACCCCUACAGAAGCCACAGCUCCGCUUUCCAUCCCUCUUCGUCCCACUCCACACAGCAAGACACCUUCACCAUCUAAGAGGGCUCCCACAACCAAAACAUCACCACCCAAAUCAGUCUCCUCAUCAAAGUCCACCACAUCCACAUCUUCCACACCCCAGCCAGCCCCCUCACCCCGGGCCCCCUGCACACCCCGCAGCGCUGGCAUGGACUCUGUGGAGCAGGAGUUGGCAGCCAUCCUGGGGUCCCCAUCAAAGGGAUCAGAGAGGGUGGAGGCUUCCGAGGGAAAGGGGCUGGAGGACAGCGACCUGGCGGCACUCUUGAUGGGUGAGCGGGGUGGCAGCAGUGCCGUCAGUCCUGCCCCUGGUGCCAGACAUGACCGCCAGAGCUCCACACCUCCAAAUCAGCAGUCCCAGCAGUCCUCAUCCCCCAGAGAGGCAGGCAGGGAUGCUAUCAGUCAAACAGGAGAUGUGAAGCUCAAGACUCCACCCAGGGUUAUGGUGGAGAAGCUCACACAAGACACAGUGGACUCACUCACUGCACUGUCCCAGGAAGCUUCCCCAAGGAGGCAGCCCAUCAUACCAACUUCUGCCCCUGACACAAGUGAGGGAAAGCAGCAGUCCCCCGGAGACUCUUCUCUGCGGGCUGUCAGGAAAAGACCUUUGUCCAGCCCUAAAGACACACAGCACACCAAGAGGCCAUGCAGAGGAGAUGUGAGUGAGGAUGAGACAGAACCUGAGGAUUGCACCAUGAGUCCUUCAAGCAGCAGCAGUGACCUCACCAUCAGGAAGAACAUGCAAGGUCCACAACCACCAAAGGAUUCGACUGAGAAAUCACAGAAAAAACAGACGUGUAAGCAGCCAGCUGCGGUCACUACAGAGAAGAGUCCUGGGAGGAAUGCCUCAGGAAGGAGUCCUUCUCCCUCCUCCAGAGUUGAGACAGAGCGUAGCAGUGGUAAGAAGACCAUUGCAAAAUUUAGUACAACCUUCCCUCGCCGCCGUUUCAUGGGAGGGAAAAGUGCUGCUGCCCUGAGACAGAUUGCCUCCCUGGCCAGUGUAGAGGACUCACAAAUGGAGUGUGUCACCUCAUCCACCACCACCGUCAGUCCCAUUAUCCACAUGAAGCGGAAAGGGAGGCCUCGGCUGAGAGGCAGCACAGAAGAAGAGGAGGAUGAGGAUACCAGCGACUCAGACUUUGUCAAGAAAGGAGCAGCACGAAGGAAGAAGAUCUGCCAGAAGGUAUUGAGAGUGGUCUCCAGUGAGUCUGAGGAUGGUGGUGCUUCUGUCCCUUCCUCCCCUAGCACCACCACAGGAUACAAGAAGACCACAGCUUUUGAAAAAUCCAAAACAAGUAGUGACAAAACCACAGAUGCAUUGAGGAAGACCACCACACUCAAGAUAAAGGUAAAAGCAACUUCUACAGGAAUCACCAUCUGCAAGCAGCUACCAAUGACCCAGGAGGCAGUGAUGGUAGAGCAGGAGGUUGACAAGAAUGGAGGAGUGAGGCUGGAGGGAUUAACCACAUCCCAGCACACAGACAGGGAGGAAAACAACAACCGCAUCAAGAAUCUCCAGUUACCCCCUAACUCAUCAUUGGAGGCAACAGAUGACAUAGAGGAGACACUCAAGAGGAUGGACGGCUUCUCCCCCAGCACACCCCGGCCACGUAACACAUCCCCUCCCAUGCCCACACCCCUCUCCAGCACAACAGACCCGUUUAGACCCUCACCUCCAUGUGAUUCUGACUCAGGGGAGUCCACUAGAAUCUUCAGGAAAGACCCCAGCCCAGCCAAGCCCUCUGCUGCUGGAAAAAACUCAGCCACAGAAACAGCAAAUAAAGACAGCCAGAGCGAUACCACCAUCACCUCUACUACUCCCACUACCACUACCAUUACCACAACCACUACCACUACCAGCAGCUUUUCAGACACUGAGAAAGGCACCAAAAAUACAGCAUCAAAUAGUGUGUCUGGUAACAAAGAGACACAAGAGAGCCCUGGCAAGUCAAAGGUGAAGAAACUGCCACAAAAACAGAGCCCCAAAACACAGAAACAGACCACAAAGAAGCAGAAGCAAGCCUCAGAAAGCAAAAAGCAGACCCCACCUAAGAAGACCCAGAGCCCUUCUAAGCGGAAACAAACGUCACCAAAGCAGAGACAAACACCAGACAGUAAGAAACAAACGCCAAAGAAGAAACAGACUCCAGACAAACAGAAGGAGGCUGCAGAUGGACAAAAAGAAAUCCAGGCUAAGCAAAAACAGACACAGGGCUCUCAAAAACAAUCCUCAGACAGCCAGAUGCAGACACCAGCCACCUCAAACCAACCGGAAACUCAGAAACAAACAGACAACCAAAGACAAUCAAAUGGCCAAAGACGCACACCAGAAAGCCAGAGACAGCCUAACAACCAAAGACACUCGCCAGACAACCAAAGAGACAACCAGAACACAAAUCAAGACAACCUCCCCGCUUCAUCCUCUACUCAAGACCCCACCAGUUCUCAGUCUUCCCCCACAGCAGCAGGAAAGACAACCUCCUCCUCCUCCUCCUCCAGCAAGGCCCCUUCAGACACACCUCGCAGCCACAAGACUGCCAGUCGUGGAGCCUGCAGGUCUGAGAAAAACCGCCGCGUGACUCAGUCAGACUCGGAGGAGAGUGGCAACGAGAGUGCAAAUGUUGAUGGGAAUUCUGUUGGUACGAGUCCCACUCCACCUGGUGAGAGCCAGGAGAGUGAGAGGAGCAGCAGCGAUGGUGAUACGAGACACACAGGUGAUGACAACAGAAGAACUGAGAAGGGGGGUGCAGCUGCAAGUACUGCCAGGAAGGGAAGCCACUCAGAGAGGCCCAGUGAUGCUGCUGCUGCUGGUAAUGCUAACAGUAGCCAAGAAAGAGGAAACAAGAGUGGCAGUAGGAAGGAAAAAGACAGCACCAAGGUUAAGAAUAGAGAAAGUGGCAACAAGAACAACAAAAACAAUGACAGCAGGAAAGAUAAGGAUAAUGAUAACAGUAACAACACAGAUAAUGAUGCCAGCGGGAGCAACAGUAACACUGGUGGCAGAAACAACAGCGACAGCACCAUGGGGAAAGGCAGCGGUAGCCGAGGUGACGACGACAGCGACAGUGACAGAGCAGACAGGGAAGGCUCUCCUGCCAUGUCCACCUUGUCCCAGCCACUACUGCAGUACAGCGACGGCAUCAGCGACCACAACGCCGAGUACCGUGACUCCAUGUGGAAUAUGUCUUUCUUCACCCCAGAGCGCCGGGAGCGGGACGAGAUAUCACCGCCUCAGCCAGAUUCCCCGCCAGAAGCAUCUCGGAGCAGACGAGCUUCAGGGGCAAGACAGGUGUAUCCCACACUGCUCACACUCCAGCUGGCUAGCUAUGAGAGUCCUGCACGAAGAGAGCGCACUGACUCCUCUUCCACCAGCCACCCCUCAGCCGCCUCCACCCCUGGUGAUGAGGAGCGGCCACGAGGAUUGGCCAGCAGUGUCCGGUCAGUGGGUGGCCAGGCUGAGGGGCGGGUCAGCCCAGGGUGCAACAUUCUGCCUAUUGUGGAGGUGGAAGUCAUGGAAAAGUCCCCCUUGCCUGAUUGUAAUGGGGAGACUGAGACAGACCCUCUGGCAGCUGACCCUCAGGACCCUCUGGCCGGGACUGAGGACACUGUGGUGGCUGAAUCUGAGGACCCCUUGACAGAGGAGACACAGGACCCACUCGCACCUGAAAAUCAAGAUCCUUUGGCUGAGAAUCAGGAUCUUCUGACAGAGCCUCAGGACUCUCUCUUGGCUGAAACUCAAGACCCCUUGGCUACAGAGGCUCAGGAUCCCUUGGCAGUGAAUCAUGACCCACUGGCUGAUGGGCCUCAGGAUCCCCUUGCUACAGACACAGAAGAUCCACUGGCAACAGAGACACAGGACCCACUGGCCACAGAGAUGGUGGAUCCCCUUGCCUCUGAUAGGCAGGACUCCACACCCACUGAAACACAGGACCCACUGGCUACCAGGGAAAUGGACACCGCUCAAGUAAGUGACAUGCAGGACUCUGUGGCAGCAUCUGAACCCCUGGUGAAUGUACCCCAAGGCUCUAUGGUGUCCAAGACCCAGAAGGCACGGCCAGUAAGAAGAAGUGACCCUGGACACAGUGUAGCAGUGGAGAACCAGCCAUCAUCCAUGGUGGAAAGAAUGCAGGUGAACGUCAAAACAGAGCCCACUGCACCACCACAGUUCCCUGUGUCGUGCAGCGCAGAGACUUUGGCUGAGGAGGAGGAGGAGGAAGAGAUUGACAUCAAGCCAUUCCUUGGGGCUGAAGGAGGUGAAUGCAGCUUGAAUGAGGUUGCACAUCCCACCAACACCCAGGAUAUAGUAAUUGAGAGCAAGAGUGUGCCAAGCCCCAGGGAGAUGAUAGAAUCCCCAUGCAAACAGAGGAGUGAAUCAGCAGCACAAAUGGAGGAGUCAUGUCCUGCCAGCAUCACACCACACCUGAGUGACUCCAGCCCUGUCUCACCCAGCCUUGCCAGGGAAACUCCAGCUGGUUGCAGUGAGAGAGGCGUUGACUUUGACGCCCUGGAAGAUGAUCUCUUUGGGGCCGGCAGCUCCAUGGCCCAGGACGAUCCAACCAUGUCCUCUGGCACUGACGAGAGCCUUGAGGAAGAGAAUGAAGGUGUUCGGCCUUCAUCCAAAUCAGUCAGUAGAGGGGAGAGUACUGACCAGAUCCCCACCAGUGCUAGCUCAGGGCCCACCUCUGCACCACCUGGUAAGCACUCACCACCACCUGCACACCUCCCCACCCUCACCACACCACAGAGAAGUACACCAGUCGUAGACUCUGAGGAAAGCAGUGACAGUACAUCUCUCACUAUUAAUCCAUCACAACCAAGUGACACCAGCAGUGACAUUACAACAACUAAUGCUAGUACUCUACCAACCACUACCACCACCACUACUACCACCAGUGACAUAAUACUUUCCACUACUACCACCACCACAGCUGCCACUAUCACCACUCCUGCUGCUGCCAAGACUGUCACACCAUCUAUAGUUACCACCACCACUGCUAUCAUUACAACUACAGCUGCUUCUACCACAUCCAUCACUCCUAUUACAACCACCACCACCACCACAGUAACACCAUUAACUACCACUACAGCUUCUAAGUUGGCAACAGUGGGUGGAGGAACCAAAACUCCACUGACUCUGCCUCACAACACAGUGGAUGAGAAAAACAGUCCAACUAAACCAAUAAGUACAAAACCUACACCCACAGCAAUAACAGAAAGCAAUAAAGACAAGGAAACACACACACAAGUCACCACUUCCACCCAUCCCACCAGCACAACCACCACCACAACCACCACCAUUACUACCACCACUACUACCACCACUACUACCACCUCUACUACCACCUCACCCACCACUACCACCACCAUUCCCCUCAUGGCCACUACCACCACAACAAUUGCCAAUAAGAUGUGGUUGAUGAAGCAAGCAGCAGGUCUCGGUAAAUGUGGUGCAAAAGGAAUAGAGGAGGAGAUUGAUUUGGCUUGUAGAAGAGACAUCUUGAUCACAGAGAAUGAGAAGGUGAAGGAGGCAAAUAAAGAGACCAUCAUAGUUACUGCAGAAAACAAGAAGCAAACACCUGCCAAAGUUGACACAAAGCAAAGUAAGGAAAGUAACACAAAGCUUGAUACUUCAUCUUUCAAGCAAGCCAAAGAUGGACUGGAAAAAGUCACAAAAACCAUCGAAGAAAUGUUAAAAGAAAUUUUUGUGCCUCCUACUGUUGAUGUUGGUGCUACAAACAUACUAGACAAGAAAAAUGACCAAGGGGUGACUGGGAAUGUGCAAAGUACAAAAAUGAGUGAGCAACUCAGGCAGACCUUGCCAGGAAUCACCAGUUUGGCUGAUGGCAAGCAGACCAUUCCUGGAGAUGCCCGUACCACUACACCACCUACUACCACUGCUUCUACUGAUACUGUUGAUGCCAAUUCUUCGAAUAAUACUUCUGCCAAAACUAGUUCAACUACUAAUACUACUACUGCCACUACUACUGUAGCUGCUGCUGCCACUACUACUGUUGCUGCUACUACUGCUACUAGUACUGCUAUGUCCACUAGUAGCAGUACUACUGUUGCUGCUACUACUGCUACUAGUACUGCUAUGUCCACUAGUACCAUAGUUGCCACUGUGGCAAGUGCUACCACAGCUCUUACUUGUACAACAGCUACUAUAGCUACUAUUACCACAACUACACCAACCACUGCUGUACCUGUUACUAUUACAUCAUCAACCAUUACUGAAUCAUCUACCAGUGCAUCCAUGAUAAGCAAAGCAGCUGUCUCCAUCCCCACCAUAGACAGCACUGCAGCAACCAUCACCACAUCUACACCACCAGCAGUUACAGCAGCAGUCACAAAAACAGUUGUAUCAACAGUAAACACACAAGUAGAUGUGAGAACAAAGACACCAACAAUAACAGGAAAGGCAACAAGUAAGCAAGAUCCACCAAGUCAAGGCUCCUCUAGUCCUAAAAUCAUGGACAGCAGUCAGAGUAGCAGUGCAGUGGCCACCCAGCACAACACACAGCAAGGGACACCUGAGGCUGGUAUCACUGUAGCAUCCCCACACAAGGACAACACCAGUCCAGAGCAAAGCAAGGUAUCCCAGGAAGAGGAUGGAGCUCUUGAUAAACCUCAACUGUCCCAGGAUGAAUCCAAAACCUCUAAAGUUCCUCAGGUGUCCACAGAUACCCUUCAGAAAACUGGUAUCCACCAAGUCUCUGAGAACUCUACCUCGGCAAAGUGUGGUGAAGGAGGAAGUGGCCUGUCUGUGAAUGAGAGAAGCAGAACAUCAGAAGUAACUCAUGAGAAAGAGGACAUAGUUGAUUUAACACAGAAGGAAGCCAGUAAAGAUGUGGACAAAGGAAGAGGAGGAGGAGCAAAUACAAACACAGAGGACAUUAGUAAAAAAGGUGAAGAGAAUACUCAGAAACUGACAGAAGUUAAGAAUAACAAUUCCAUGAGCAACACCCCAUCUGAACCACACACAGCAACAGACACCCAGGACAAAAACAACAGGGAGGAAGGGGACUUCAAAAAGACACCACCAGAGAAAGAAUCACUCAAGACUGUUCCUGCACACCACCACAACCCAUCCACACCUCCCACACAGGCAGAUGAGGACAGCACCAAGGCCACAAGUAAGGACAAGGAAGGUGCUGCAAUUCCUCUAGAGAAACUGAUGAAGGAAGGGAAGCUCUCACUGAAGGUUUCCAUCGAUAGGUCUAUCAUCCACCUGAAGGAGUCGCUUGUGCCAGCCAGUCGCCGCCUAUCAGCCUCCUCCUCAGAGUGCUUGGGGUCGGACAGAGAGGAAACUGACACUGAGGAAGACAAGGAGAGGCACUCAUCCAGUGAAAUAAGUGAUAAGAAAGCCAAUAGUACCAGUGAAAUUACAGAUGCAAAGGCGAGUACAAGUGAAAAAACAGACAAGAAACCUAGUAAUGCUAGUGAAGAAACACCCAUUAAGAUGACAGAGAAGAUCACCAGUACUAAUGAAAAACAUGCAUCUAAUAAGGAGACAGAGAAAGAACCUAGCAGUCUCAUCUCACAGCCAAUCCUUUCCACCACCUCUGCACAAAACUCAGAAGAAAAAAGCAAGGAUAAGGAAACAAGUCAAACACAAAAGGCUGCUAAGGAAGAUGCCACAGAAGAGCCUUCAAAGGACACAGAAGGGAAGCACCAGCACCCAACACAGCCCAAGACUUCCCAAGACACCCUCACCACAAACACUGACAAAACAAGAAAGAAAAGUCCCAAGAAGAAGGAACAUGAAGGCAGCAAGAAGAGACGUCACAGCUCCCUUGACCACGCGGGAGACCAGAGACGCAGCACAAGCAAGAAGCAGAGGACAGGUAUCUCAGAGUCACCCAAAAGCAAGCAGACCCAUAAGGCAAAGGAAUCCAAGGCAGCAAUAGUGGAAACCUCCCAUACCAUCUCUACCACCACCACCACCUCCACCACCUCCACCACCUCCACCACUUCUACCACUUCUACCACUACUACCACUUCUACCACUACUACCACUACCACUACUCCAACUCUCUCACAGAAAACUCCCACUGAAUCAGCAACUAAAAAUCACACAGAAAAGGAAACCAUGCCUUGCGAGAUGCCAGAAGAAUCCAGCUGUAGUGUUAGCUCCUCUCAGCCUUCCAAGAGUCCAUCAAGAUCAACAGUGGCAGAGGUUACCAGCCAGCCAAGCACAGACAAACCUGAGGACACCACACCACCACCACCAGGGCACAUCUCAUCCACAGGAAAGUUAGAGAAGACAAGUGACAGUGUAACCAGUGAUAAGGAUGUGACAGAAGCUGAAGACAAACAGGUUGAGGAUGAUGUGCAAAGUGAAGUGAAAGAUGGACAAUCUAAGGAUGCCACCAAUGAUGCCAAAAAGUCAAAUUCACCUGAAGCAGCCUCACUGAAGGACUUGACAGAGGGAACCGUUGAGUGUCCAUCCCUUGGUGACCAACACACCCAAGAAAAAGAUAAGGAAGUGCCACAGGAGAAGGCUGCAGAAGAGACCGAAGUACAGAAUGAUGAAAGAUUGACAACUCAAGUAAACACUGACACUGUAGAAAAAGACAAGCACCAAGUAGAUGUAAAUGACAAAAAUGAAGAAAAUGUAGGAAAUACAGAGAGUAAGAAAGACACCAAAGAAAGCAAUGCAGAGGGAAGCAAAGACUGCCAGAAAGGAACACCCAGCAGAGACUCUCAGGCACAGCAAGAAACACAAAUGCCUCAGGAAUCCAGUGACACCAACACUACAUCAGCAGGUGCCACUACAGGUCCCCAAGACUCCCAGAAGACACCAAAAGCCUCAGAUGUCAGUACUCAGGAUAGCACCAGCCCACCAAGCAGCCUUACCUCAGAAAAGCACCUGACCCCACCAAUAUCUGAGUCCAAAAAGAAGACCAUUGCCACGACCGCCAAGAAGAGUAAAACCUCCAAAAAGACAAGUCGAAGCUCACUUUCAAUAAUGACUUUUGGCGUUGACAGUGACGAAUUGGUUAAGAAGAGGCCCACUCCUCAGCCUGACUCUGGGGAAGCACAAGCCCCAAGUCCCAGCGAUAGAAGCAGUGCCACGCCAGACAAGAGUUCAGAGACCAGUGGGAAGGAAACACCAGGAAGGUCAACGGCAUCACCACAGUCUGAGAGGAAAUUCGCAUCACCAGGCAAGAGCACCAGCCAGUCAAAGUCUCCCAAGGUGAUAGUGGUAAAAGACACGGUCUCAGUCUCCUCUGGAUUUGAUAAGAUGAUGUCAAAGAUCUUUGGAGAGGAUAAGAUUGCAAAGACUGCCAAGAAAAAGAAAAAGAAGCUUCUCAAGUCAGCCAAGGAAGCAAAACCAGUUGCAGCAGAGGUCAAGCAGGAGAAGACAACAAAAGCAGAGAAGUCAGAAAAGGGACAAAAGGAAAGUACACCAAAGAAGGACAAAUCAGACUCAUCAUCCAAGCUGUCAAAGAGCAGCAAAGGUUCAAAAAAGAAAUCAUCACAUGGAAAGCCAUCAGAAAAAACAUCAUCAUCUGAGAAGACCAAGACUGCAUCGUCAUCACACGGCAAAGGCAAGUCUUCAUCACCAUCGACAAGCAAGGAUAAGUCUCCAUCUGCAGGUUCAGACAAGGAAAAAGUCUCAUCUCUCUCUUCCGAGCAGACAAGAGCCCUCACAGCAUCUCCUGACAAGAGAGAAACUUCAUCGUUACUCCCAGAAAAGUCUCCAUCAUCAUCUCAAGACAAGGAAAAGCCUCCACCACAACAGUCAAGUAAGGAACAAUCACCAUCAUCAUCAACACCCAAUGAUAACUCCCCAUCUUCAUCCUCAAACAAGAACAGCUGCUCAACACCAACCCCAGAGAAAGAAGAGACCCUAUUGUCACUGAAAGAAAAGGAAGAGUCACCAUCUAUAGUCCCAGAGAAGGAGAAAUCCCCAUCAGCAGCCCCAGAGAGCAAGAAGGUCACAUCUUCAUCAUACCCAGAGAAAGAAAAGACUGCAUCUUCAAUAGAAAAGUCCCCAUCAUCACACACUGACAAGGAAAGCUCCUCACAAUCAUCUUCAGACAAGGAGAAGUUUACAUCUUCACAAUCAGACAAGGAGAAGAGUCAGCCAUCACCGUCAGAAAACAAGAAAUCCACAUCAUCGUCCCCAGAUAAGGAAAAAAAUUUAUCAGCAGGAGAGAAAACCACAUCAUCCCUGGAGGAGUCCCUCUCGUCAUGUCCAGAUAAGGAGAAGUCUUCCGCACACCCAGACGGGAAAGAAAAGUCUGUGUCAUCACUCCCAGAGAAGGAAAAGACUUUGUCACCAGUCCCAGAUAAAGAACAUCACUCCUCUUUGUCAUCUGAGAAAAAAGAAGCAAAAGAAAAGAGUUCAUCGUCAUCCUCAGAGAAGAAAGAAGCUCCAUCUUGUUCCUCAGACAAAGGAAAAGUCUCUGCCUCAAUCACACCAGAGAAGGAGAAGGAAAGCCUUGCACUGCCAGACAGGAGUAAAACCACACAUUGCCUGGCAAAGGAAAAGAAACAGACCUCACUCCAUGAUAAAGAAAGUCAGGAAAAGCUCAGCAUCUCUCCAUCUGACCAAACCACUGAAAAGAUUUCUUCUGCUGUCAAGAAAGUUUUAUUUCCAGAAAAAGAAAUGGUACCUCAUUCAAGUGUGGACAAGGAGGGUUCCCUGGCAGUAUCUUCAAGCAAAAGCAAAUCUCAAUCUUCACCUGAAAACAAUGACAGUCCUUCACCUACAUCCCCAAACAAGAAGGAAGAGCAGCCUCAAUCUACUAAAUUAGAGAAAACUGCUUCCUCAUCAGCAGAUCAAGAAAAAAACAAGCAUGUGGCCCUUGAAAAAGAACAGACUGCAGAGAAGGAGAAGGAGAAAGACACAGCCUCGUCUCAAGACAAAAAACAGGCCUCAGAAAAAGGUGCUGAAGUUUCAUCUCACAAGGAACAAACCCAGAUCUUGUUGGAGGAUUGUACAAAAGCCACUUCAUCCCAGAGCAAAGAGCAGCCAAAGAGUGCCACCUCAUCCAGCACAUCAGGAAAGUCGUGCCCUGACCAUGAAGGGAGCACAGGAGAAGCAACAAGCAAACCCAAGACCACAAGCCCAGCAGGGGAAGAGCGAGAGUCAAGUGAUGGAAAGAGUCAAGAGUCAAAGAGAGAGAAUCAGGAAUCAAAGGAAGAGAAUCAAGAACCAAAGAAAGAAAACCAAGAAUCAAAGAAAGAAAACCAAGAGUCAAGGAAAGAUAAUCAAGAAUCUAAAAAAGCAAAUCAAGAGUCAAAGAAAGAAAAGCACCAGGAAUCAAAGAAAGAGAAUCACCAAAAAUCAAAGAAAGAAAGUCACCAAGAAUCCAAGAAAGAUAAUAAAGAAUCAAAGAAAGAUAAUCACCAAGAAUUGAAAAAAGACAAUAACCAAGAGUCAAAGAAAGAAAGCCACCAAGAAUCAAAGAAAGAGAAUCACCAGGAAUCAAAGAAAGAAAGUCACCAAGAAUCCAAGAAAGAUAAUCAAGAAUCAAAGAAAGAGACUCGCCAAGAAUUGAAGAAAGAAAGUCACAAAGAAUCAAAGAAAGAAAGUCACCAAGAAUCAAAGAAAGAGGAUCACCAAGGAGCCACAGAAAUUAAGGAAGAUAACAAAGACUCUCAUGGGAAGAAGACAGAAAGUACAGAAUCAUCUAACAACAAGCAUGAGGGCAGAGAAUCACCCACCAGGAAGACUGAGCAAAACUCCGGGGAAAGCAAGCAUGACAGAGACUCACACACCAAGAAAACUGAGUCCAAAGAGUCGUCUGGCAAACAUAAAGGGAAAGAAUCAAGUAAAGAUAAAAAUAAAGACUCAUCCAGUAGUAAUAGGAACCAUGUAUCCUCCUCCUCCUCCUCCUCCUCCUCCUCAUCUUCCUCCGACAGAAAUAGAAGCAAGGAAUUAGCAACAAUCAAGAAGCCAAGCCAAGACAAAGAGGCAGAAGGAGGGAAGAGCAGUUCUCCAGAGCCACAGAAACAUAAGGAGAAGCAGCACAAUCCUGACAGCGGUUCUUCAGGGAGAGAUAAAGACAAGAAAUCACAAGGUACUCAUGACUCCCCCAAAGGCUCCUCAGCUGACAACAAGACCAACGAAUCUACAGAGAAGGACAGGACACAAGAAUCAUCAGGUAAGGAGAAGAGUGGCACCAGUGACAACCCAGACAAAGAUCAGAAGCAGCACUCCAGCAAGGACCGAGAUCACAGGGAGAGUCCAAAGAGCAAAGACACCAGAGAGAGGAACAGAGACCGAGAUCACCACAGCAAGGACAGAAGCACCACUAAAGAUGUUGACAGCAAGGAUAAGAAUCACAGCGACAGAGAAACCAGUGGGAAGGAAAAGAGAAGCAGAGACUCGCAUAGUAAAGAGAGGAAAGAUGACAAGGAAUCACACACCAAAGACAAAAAUAAGAGCAAAGAAUCCAGUGCUAAGGAAUCCCACAAGAGAGACAAGAGUAGCCACAGUGAGUCACGAAGUGAGAAGAACGUAGACAAAGAUUCACCAUCCAGCAAGGAGAAGAGUCACAGCAAAGAGUCACAUGGGAGAGAAAGAGAGUCAAGUAGUGGGAGAGAUAAGCAUGGCAAGAGAGACAGGAGUACAGAGAAAGAAGCAAAGGAGAGACACAAACAAGGGACUAAGGACUCCAGCAGGAAAGACAGAGGCAGCAGUAAGGAGAGUCACAGCAGGGAUAAACCGACCCCCAGGGAUUCGGAGAAGACUAGCGAUAAAGACACCAACAGGAAAGAUAAGAAUAAUGAUGCUGAGACACAGAAGAAAGACAAGGCAAGUGACAAGGAGUCUUCCAAUAAGGAUAAAACCAAUGAAAAGAACAAGGAAACAAAAGAAACUAGCAAAGACAAGACCGGUGAAAAGGAGGCAUCGAGCAAAGACAAAACUGAUAAGAAGAAAAGAAGUGAAAGCAAAGCAUCACACAGUAGUAAGAAGGACAAAGGCACCAGUAGUAAACACAACCCGGCCACCAAGGAUACUAGCGCAGCCAAGGAAGACGCCACCAAGACCCAUGACACUGCAAAAAAGGGAGACUCCACUGAACAGACCAAGGCAUUCAAGGUUAAAAAGGCCCUGUCAUCAUUAUUUGGCUCUCAAGAGGGACAGGACUCUGACGGUAAUUCUGCAUCCCCUGCUACCUCAAAAGACCCUAAAAAGACCAUCCCUGAGGCUAAGCAAGGGGGAAAGAAAGUCCUUGAGCUUCUCUUUGGCUCGGACCCAAAGCUGAAAGUUUCUAAGAAACCUGGGGAGGAUGAAGAAGAGGAGCAGUACACCCCACAGCCCCUCCACACCCCUGGGACAUCCUACAACCCCCAGCCUUCAACCUCCUACACCCCCCAGGCUCCCAUCACCACCCCAGACCUUGAAUACCAACCCCAGCCCAUUGGUAAAGCCCCACCAGACCCAGAGUACCAGCCUCAGCCAAUCUCUAAAACCCCAGACCAGGAGUACCAACCCCAGCUUCUGUCCUCCAAAGCUCCCAAUCAGGAAUACAAACCCCAGCCCAUCACCAAGGCUUCAAGUCAGUCUGCAACCCAGGAGUACCAACAGCAGAGUCAAGUUACCUCACAGCAGGAAUACCAACCCAAGAGCAUGAAGAAAGAUAAAGAAGUCCAAGAGGAGGAAUACCAACCUCUUCAUAUUAACCUAGACCCUCUAGUUCAAGAAUACCAACCUGAGAGUAUCAACAAGGUGACUCAGAUGCAGGAGUACCAACCUAGCAGCAGCAAGAUGAAGUGCUCAGGAAAGGAACAAGUCCAGAAAAUGAAGAAGAAAACUCCACUGCAAGAACUCCCAAGCAAGCCCCUGAAGAAGGAAGCUGCAGGGACCACCCAGCACUCUGAGGCCACCAAAAAGACCACCCCCAAGCCAGACCAAGCUCGGGACAUCAAGAGAGGCAGUCACCAGCAAGAGCAAGGGGAGAGUGGCACUAAAGGGGAAGCCAGUAAGGUUCUUUUAGCCAAGGCUGUCCCUUUGCAGCCUUUGCCCCAUAAACCCUCACAUGACAGGAAAGCUGGCAGCUCCCAGCAGCCUCCAGACACCAAUGAUGACAAACUUAAGAAAACCACCACCUCUGAUGGUAGCCCCGGUGAGGCAUAUGUCCCCAAGCCACUAGCCUGGACCGCUCCCAAGGCUGAGUACAUCCCAAAGUCUCUAGCAGCACCCAGCACCUCCCUGACACAGGAUGAUGAGUACAGCCCCCAGCCCAUUGUGGGUCUGGACAAACCUAACCCUGAGUACAUCCCAUCCAGCCAGACCCCCGGUCUCAAGACAUCACAGGAGGAGGAAUAUGUGCCUCUGCCUCCUGCCAAGGAAGGGGAGGGGGAUGGGGGCCAAACUUCAUCUGUGCCAGCUGCAUCUUUGUCCGACCAGUACCUCCCCAAGACUCUUGCUGCCGGGGAGAAAAUAACACCGGGCUUUUACCGGGAACAAGGCAGCAGCGGCAGUGGCAACCGAGGCCAGGGAGGUCAGCAGUCAAGAAGACAACCAAAAGGCAACAGCUCCCGGCAGCCAGGCAGACAGUCCAGCGACACCAGGCGCAGCGGCGGUGGCCGGCCAGGGAAGGGGUCCAGGCACACUGGCAGCAAGGUGCUAGUAUACCUGCCUCCCCCACCAGCGCAGGACGUGGUGGCUGCCACCCUCGGGGACUAUGACCUGCGGCCAGCCCUGCACCCUCAGGCCUUCUGCAGCAACCCAGCUGACCUGCCCAGCCGCCCCCAGGAGGUGGGGGGACGGGUGCUGCAGCUGCGGACCAAUGCCACAGCGGACCUUGAAGACUUUGAGGGCCGCUUCCAGGGCGAGGGACUGUACAACUGGCGGGUGCUGCUGAGCACCCUGGAAGCCGAAGCUGCCACCCCAGCCAGGCACGAGACUGCCUUUUUGGGGCAGCGGGGUGGGGCAAGCCACACCAUACUCACCCCAGUGAAGCCGCCCCCUCCCCUGAAGGACGUCCAGCGGUGGUUAAAAGCACGGCAGAUCAUGGCAGCACUGAAGAAAGAUACUCACCAUAGGAAGGGAGGCGGUGGCAGCGGCGGCAGGGGGAACCGUCCUUCAUCCCAGGGUGGAUCCAAGACCAAGGACUCCUCUGAAGGUAAAGCCUCAAGACCCAGCACUGCUGGCCACAGGGAGUCUGGCAAGGGUGGCAGCAGUAGCGGCAGCAGUGCAGGGGGUGGUGGUGGUGGCAGCCAGAAGCAGCAGCACCAAGCAGCACUGAUCACCUCACCCCAGAGAGGCCACUGCAGCACCAGCACUCCUCAGCCCAAGCUCUCUACAGCAUUGCCACCCUUCCACCUCACUCCCAUUGCUAAGGCAUACACACCCACCAUGGGAACCUCCAGCUGUUCUCCAGCCUCUGAGGGCAACACCCCAACCCCUGGUGUCAUGCCAACCACCUCCCAGGCCCACACCUCCACCCCCUUAGGUCACACCCCAGUUCCCAGAAGUCGUAGCCUGGUCCCUGCCCGCCUGCAGCCUCGUUCUAGGCGUCGAGUGUCCUGGGAGGGAGAGCAGCCUGUGCUGAGGGCGUCACCUCUGCUGGGGAGGAGGCGUCGUGCCUCGUUGGAUGGCCUGGCGCCCCUGGAGGAAGACAUUGAAGGGGAAUCUGAACAAAGAGGGAGGCGGGCCUUCAGAGGACUGGGCCUGGAUAAGGUGAUGGAGCCGGCCAGCAAGAAGGCCAGACGUUCCCUCAGCCAGGAGGAAGCAGGUGAAGUGGGCAAGGCACUGCCAGCAGCAGCAGCAGCAUCUCCCAAAGGUGGUGAUGACAGUGAAUUGUUGGAGAGUUCGCAGCGUACCCCAGCUUCCUCUGCAGUGCCCUCCCCUGCUGCACCCUUGGUGCCAAGUCAGCCAGAAAGCCAGCCAUCUUCCACCAGGCCAGCAAGUCAGUGUGGCACACAGCCCCUGAGUCAGCCUGGCAGCCAGCACUCCAGUGAUUCCCUCCUGCGCCGGCAGCUGCUGGACACACAGUUCCGACAGCAGUUUUACAGCCUGGUGGACGGCCGAGGCUCCUUCUCACAGGCUCUAGAAGGUCCAUCACUCAACAACUCCUAUGGCUUCAAGUUCACCAGCCACAAUCUGUUUGAGGCCAAGGCAGUGCAUGAGCAUGAGUUCCUGACCCUGAUGUGCCUUGAGUGCCAUGUUGCCACAAGACCCCACCUGCUGCCUGACCCUCAGUUUGACCCCAUCUCUGCCCUGGUAUUCUCCAUCACUCAGGACCUCCCCCCAGAGCAUCCCAGCCCCCGGGACUUGAAAGGUGCAGUCGUGGUGAGCAGUGGAGGCUGCGACCUGGUGACCUGCACGGGACUCACUGACCUGGCGGUGCUCCACGUAGACUCUGAGUCAGACCUGCUGGAGGAAGUGGUUCGCCUCGUCACCACCUGGGACCCGGACAUGCUGGUGGGAUAUGAGGUGCAGCAAGGCUCCUGGGGAUACCUGCUGGAGCGGGGUUUGGCACUUGGGGCAGAAAUAGUGGCACGCCUCUCUCGAGUGCCGGAGGGAACCAGGGCAAGCCACCACCUGGAGGAAGAAGAUGAGUACGGGGCCGACCACACCUCACAGAUCCACCUGGCGGGCCGAGUGGUGCUCAAUGUGUGGAGGUUGAUGCGAGCGGAGGUGGCACUUCAGAGCUACACCCUGGAGAGUGUGGCCUACCACGUUCUGCACACCCGUAUCCCAACCUUCUCAUGUGACCAGCUGAAGACGUGGUGGCUCAGCGACACCACCCGCUGGCGUGCCCUCGGCCACUAUCUGACUCGCUGCCGCCUCACCUUCGACCUCCUUCACAACCUGGACCUGGUUCCUCGCACCGCCGAACUGGCUCGUCUCUUUGGAAUCCAAUUCUAUGAUGUUCUGUCCAGGGGCUCCCAGUUCCGGGUGGAGUCCAUGAUGCUGAGGCUGUCCCGGGGGAGGAACAUGGUGGCCCUCUCCCCUAGCAUUCACCAGAGGGCAGCCAUGAAAGCACCAGAGUGGAUUGCCCUCACUAUGGAGCCCCUGUCAAGAUUCUACACGGAGCCAGUGGUGGUGCUGGACUUCCAGAGCCUCUACCCGUCUGUCAUGAUCGCCUACAAUUACUGCUAUUCCACCUGCCUUGGCCGCAUCCACCUGCUCCACAGCCCACCAGAGGUCCCCUACACCUUUGGCACCUCACACCUCCGCCUGCCAUCCGAUCCUAAAAGCCUUUUGGAGUUAGUGGAUGAGAUGAGCAUUUCGCCCUGUGGUGUCGCGUUCCUGCCGUCACGAGUGAGGCGUGGGGUGCUGCCUAUCAUGCUGGAGGAAAUACUCAACACAAGGCUCAUGGUGAAGGCAUCCCUCAAGAAGUGUAGUGAAGACAAUGCUUCGCUCCGACGCGUCCUGCACUCUCGCCAACUCGGCCUCAAGCUCAUAGCAAAUGUCACCUACGGCUACACCAGCGCCAACUUCUCUGGACGCAUGCCUUGUACUGAGGUUGGGGACAGCGUAGUGAGCAAAGGUCGUGAAAUCCUGGAGCGUUCCAUCCAGCUCGUCAACUCCCACCCCACCUGGGCAGCUCAGGUAGUGUACGGAGACACCGACUCACUCUUUGUGCACCUGCCAGGGAGGAGCCGCAGCCAGGCCUUCACCAUCGGACAGGAGAUUGCUGCCACUGUCACCAAGAUGUACCCUAAACCUGUUAAACUCAAAUUUGAAAAGGUGUACCUGCCCUGCAUCCUCCAGACCAAGAAGCGCUAUGCAGGCUACAUGUACGAGGCCCCUGACCAGGAGGAGCCAAUCUUUGAUGCAAAGGGCAUUGAGACGGUGCGGAGAGAUGGUUGCCCUGCUGUUGCUAAGGUCUUGGAGAAGUCCCUCCAUUUGCUGUUUGAACGCAAGGAUGUGUCUCUUGUAAAGCAGUAUGUGCAGCGUCAACUCCUCAAGGUGCUGCAGGGACGAGUCUCUCUCCAAGACCUGACUUUUGCUAAGGAGUACCGGGGUGCCCGGGGCUACAAGCCAGGUGCUUGCGUCCCUGCCCUGCACCUCGCCAGACAGUGGACACGUCGUGACCCAAGAAAAGAACCAAGGACAGGGGAGAGAGUGCCUUACGUCAUUAUUUAUGGUGCCCCUGGACUCCCCCUCAUCCAGCUGGUCCGUUGUCCCUCCACUGUGCUGGCAGAUGCUUCCCUAAGGCUUAAUGCAACUUACUACAUCACACAAGCCAUUCUGCCACCCCUCCAUCGCUGCCUGGCGCUGCUGGGGGUGGACGUCAACACCUGGUACACAGAACUGCCUCGACCCUCCACCCUCACCUCCAUCACUCCCCUGCCUGGCCCCUCCUCUAGCACCUCCAUCGCCCACUACUUCACCCCUGUGGCCUGUGUGGGAUGCGGGGCAGCCACCACCUUGGCUCCAACUGGAAAGGGGGCAGUAGGAGGCCAAGGGCUGUGUGGACGGUGCAAGGCCAGUCCCCAGGAGACAGUGGUGCGGCUCGGGGAGAGGAUCCGCACCUAUGAGAGGGCUGUUGACCACAUCCAGCAGGUGUGUGAGGCGUGUGUUGGGUGUUGCCUGCAGGAGGUGGAGUGCAUCUCCCUGGACUGUCCUCUCACCCACCGCCGUACAGUGGCCACCCGGGACCUCCAUGCUGCUCACCAACUCCGCGUGCUACUGGAUGAUUUCUAAGUCGGCCAGUGCUCAGCCAUGCAGCACCCUGCUAGAGAUUAAGUCUUGGCCAGCUAAUCUAGCAAGUGUGAUUAUUAGGGUGAUAUAAUGAGUCCAUUUUUCCUUUAUAAUGACUGUUUUGCUGACGUGUCUGCAGCCAAGGUGGCAAGGCAGUGUGUAAGGUAAGUCACUGAGCAGUCAGGCAGGUGCUUGUCAGUGCUCAUAUCUAAUCUUUUAAGUCAAACCAGCCAAGAUAUAGAAGUAAAUUAGUUUGUAAAAACACAAACACAUUAAUGUAGACACACAUUCAUAUACACACACUCAUGAUAAGGACCUUAUCCCAAACUCAUCAUCCCCCUUCCUGUACCCAAAUCACAAAAGUCCAGCCACUACUCACUACUCAGAGGCUUGAGGUAGAGGACAGAAAGGAGGAGAAGACAAGCCUGAUUCAUUGCCUCUGUGGACCACUUAUGUCACUGUGCUGUGUUAGGUCAGUGGCUGCCUGUCAUGAUCACCAUGUGAGGAGAGGUGCAUUACUGACCACAAGGCUGUGUGUCGCUGUGACUAUGAGAUUGAAGUGCUUACACUCCGUACAUGUGUCUGUGUCUUGUCAGGUGUCUAAGCCAGACACAUCCUUGGGCCCCUGGUGUGGCUUGUAGCAGCCCAAGGCAUCCUGAGUUGUUCUUGGCUGUGAUGAGGGACAUGUGGCCUGUGUGCAGCAAACCUUUGGUGGGAGCCCUUUGUUCAGGGGCAUCCAGAGACUUUGAAGGCCUUAGGGAAGCCUCACAAGAGGUGACUCCAUCUAUGAUAAUAUUACAUGGUGCCCCCUGAAAUUUAUUCCUGUCAGGACAUUCAUGUUGACAGUGCAGCAUUGUAUAUGCAAACCUUUAUCACAUCACUAUUACCGGUUCUGUAUAACUAAUAUUUUGAUGCUUGCAAUGACAGCACUACAAAGUUUAUCAUAUAUAUAGUAUAUACAUAUAUAUUUAUCUUUUCUCAUGUUUUAUUGAUGCCAUUUUAGAUCAUGUGUGUGUUCAUGUGUUCUUUAGGGAACCGUGCUGUGGAAUCUACUAUGCCUUUUAUGCAUGAUGUUUAAUGCCGUCUGUCACAGGGUUCGUUGGUGUUACUGGUAUUCAUGCUGGCACUUACUGGAGUCUGUGGUGCCACUUAACUGUUGUUAGUGCCACCAGUCCAUUCUGUUGUGUGGCACCACCAUAUGCAAUCUGCAUGUCCAUUGCCAACACCACUUUGGAAGUAAUCACCACUGGGGGGGAUUCUUGGUGUCUUUGCUGUAUUUAUUGGUGUUGUUCAUAGCAUUUGUUGGUGCAGUUUACAUAUAUUUUUAAUGACAAAUCUGUUGACGUACAAGCUGGUGUUUGACAUUGGUAAGGUGUGUGUUUGUAAUGAUGGUCUUUAUUUUUAAGUAGGAUUUAUUGUUACUCAUUGGAACUUUGAGUAUUUACUGAUGAAACUGAUCCCUAAGUUUUCAUUAUCAUUGCUACCCAUUAUUAUUAUUAUUGCUGUUAUGAACGAGAAUGCCAGUCUGGCAUAUAAAAAGAUUUUUCCCAUAUUUAUUUAUUGAUUUAUUAUUAUAAGUAGUACUACUAUUAUUACUACUCCCAAAAAAGACAGUUGAUCUCGAAGUGGAUGUGCGAAAUACUAUUGUUCUGUUGUUAUUGUUGUAAUUGAUACUAUUACCACAUUAUUAUUACUACAUAUUAUUAUUAUUAUUAUUAUUAUUAUUAUUAUUAUUAUUAUUAUUAUUAUUAUUAUUGUUAUUAUUAUUAUUGUGUGCAUUUGUAUUACACUAUUUUCUGAAGCUUUUGCUGCCUUCUUUUUCUUCUUUUUUUCUUCUUCUGUGUGUGUGUGUGUGUGUGUGUGUGUGUGUGUGUGUGUGUGUGUGUGUGUGUGUGUGUGUGUGUGUGUGUGUGUGUGUGUGUGUGUGUGUGUGUGUGUGUGUGUGUGUGUGUGUGUAUAGCUAUUAUUUAGUUUUGAAGAGUACAAAUGCAUAUUCAUGUUUACAUAGUCAUAUAUUAACACAUAUAUUAACACUUUUCUAUGGUAUGUGUGGACGUGAAACACACACACACAAAAUAAAAAUACCUAUUACUAAUAGUAAUAAAUUAAUCAAUAAAAUCAAUAGCUUUCAGACUCUUAAGUGUGUGUGUGUGUGUGUGUUUGUGUGUGUGUGUGAGUGUGUGUGAGUGAACAUGCAUAUCAGGGAUCUAACAAACUAUUGUAAUUACUAUAUAAUACUAAACACAUCUUUCUCAUAUUUGCACACACACACACACACACACACACACACACACACACACACACACACACACACACACACACACACACACACACACACACACACACACACACACACAUCUCCAGCUUACUACACAUGAGGUUUGAUAAUCCCUGGUGUGUAUGUGAGAGAGAGGAUACCCAGCCCUGUCCUGCCUUCUUCCACCACCCAACCAAUCUUGCCAAGGCUUUCCUAACUCAUGUUUCAAAAUUAUCCACACAUUUGUCUUUUUUUUUUUUUUUUUCCCAUAUUAUUUCAAAGAUGUGAAAACUGUAAUGGAGAGUAAAUAUUGCACAUAGCAUCAUCACAGUUGACAAGUCUUGCUCUAGUUCAUAUUACUCAUGUCUGCAGCAACACAGUACUUAUUGACUCAUUGGAAGAGAAGGAGAGGCAAUGAUAGGAGUUACAGGUCAUAAUUCACAAUAGUUAGCAAUAACUUGAUGUACCAAAGAGAUUACUAUUACCUGCAUUAAUGUCAACUCAGUACGGCAUAUACCUCUGGGUGGGGGUGGAUUAGGGCAGGGGAAAGGCUGGCCAGGCUGCCUCUUGCUUCUACUAAUAAGGUAUGCAAAUGUACAUACAUACCUGAGAAAUGUAUAUAAGAAUUAUUUAUGGAAGUAUAUGGUGUAACUUUUUUUACUGUUGAAUAUAAAAGACAACUGCUCAAUUUC